AUGUCGACAGAUCAAGGGGCAGAAUCGCCAUCGACGUCGGAUAUCCUUCCAAGCUCUCCUCUAUCCUCCCUAAAUGAGGAUUUAGAGGCAGAAGAUACUAUUUCCCCAGCUCCAACUGGCGAAUCGGGACACCCACUGUCACUCCUUGAGUUCGCGAAACAGAUCGUCGAACGAAAUCCCGCCAACUCCUUUGAUAAUGCAACAGAACACCUCGAACCCAAGCGGAAGAAGUCUAAAAAGAAGAAGAAUAAGAAGGAUGCGCUAGACAUAUGUGCUGGUAUGACCCCUGCCGAAAGAAAGGCGUUCUGUUUUUAUGAAGACGUUCGUGUACACUACGAUCGAAACAAUAUGGAAGGAGAUUUUAAAAAGUACUGGUUCAAACGAUACGACUUGUUUUCCCAGUACGACCAUGGCAUAUUGAUGGAUAGAGAGAGCUGGUUUUCUGUUACACCUGAAAAGAUUGCAAUGCAUAUUGCUGAGCGGUGUAGGGCUGAUACCAUCAUAGACGCCUUUUGUGGUUCUGGUGGAAAUGCUAUUCAGUUUGCGUUCACAUGUGAGCGAGUCAUUGCAAUCGACAUUGAUCCAGUCAAACUACAUUGCGCUAAACACAAUGCAGCAAUAUACGGUGUGGCGGAUAGAAUUGAAUUCAUCCUCGGCGACUUCAUGCAGCUUGCACCCUCACUGAAAGCAGAUGCAGUGUUUCUAAGUCCACCAUGGGGCGGCCCGUCCUAUAUCAAUGCCAGCGUUUUUGAUCUUGAAACCAUGAUACCUAUGAAUGGAAUUCAUCUAUACGAAGCAGCUAGAGCAAUUUCCCCCAAUAUUGCCUAUUUUGUGCCUCGGAACACGGACCCCAAGCAAUUAGCUUUGCUUGCUGGCCAAGGAAAUCUGUGCGAAGUGGAACAAAACUAUCUUCAAAGUCACCUCAAAUCCUUGACAGCUUAUUAUGGCGAAUUGGUGGAUCCUGCUCUGGAAUUGAAUACAUUGGAAGAUGGCGAGGAGACGGAGGAUGUUGACGAGAGCGCAGGUACUCCACUUGCUGCUGGCAGCAAGCGUAACAUUGAAGAAGAUGAAGAACAAGAGCACAAGCAACGCAAGAAAAACUGA